ACGAGGUGGUUGAAUCCUGCAGGCACACGCGUCUACACGUCUUUCUUUGCCCGUCGCCUCUCGUCUCUGCUUGGUUUACUCGAUUCUUUCCGUCUUCUUUCAGGUCGUUCCAUCUCGUCACGCCUCUAUUGCAGCUGCGAUUUGAAUCAAUGCCCUGACGCUGGACAAUGCGCAACCUCUUGUCCACCGCGGGGGCUGUCGUCGCCAGUCUUGCAGUGGCGACACCCCUCCUGGGUCUGAUCCAGCCAGGCUCGGCGCAGCAGACGACAACAGCAGCAUUCCCGGCGCCAUCAUCGAGCUCGCUGCCCGCCUCGAAGCGCGGCGUCUCGUACCACAACGACACUGCGGCCGCCGACUACGACAUCCUCCUCUCCGCCCGAGGCCCCGUCGGCUGGUACUACACGUGGUCGCCUCGCCCGGGGCCCCCCGCCCAGGUCUUCCCCUGGGGCUUCCGAGACAAUGUCGAGUUCGUCCCGACGAUCCACGGCACGGGCAAGCUCGCCUCCGACAUUGCCGACCUCGACAAGCUCAACGCCUCCUCGACCCACCUCUUCAGCUUCAACGAGCCCGACGAGCUCGCCGCCAACGGCGGCAGCCAGCUCAGCCCCCAGGAGGCCGCGGCCGCAUACAUCAGCUCCAUCGUGCCCCUGCGCUCGAGGUUCCGCAUCUCGCACCCCAGCGUGACCGGCUCGCAGCGCGGAUUCGACUGGCUCAUGGCGUUCCACGACGCAUGCUUCAAGAUUGACGCAAAGCAGGGCUGCCCUGCCGAUUUCAUCGUCGUACACUGGUACGGCGGCUUUGACGGGCUUGCCGGGUGGCUCGGCCAGCUGAGAAAGUGGUACACGGAGGCCGGGUACGUCGCUGCCGCAGCAGCUAGUGGAAGUGGUGGUGGUAGUAGUAGUGGUAGUGGUAGUGGCAGUGGCAGGGACGAUACAAAUGCGCUGCCGUUCUGGCUGGGGGAACUGGGCAUCCCCGGGGCGCCGAUGGACGCCAACCUCGCCAUGAUGAGCCAGACGCUGCCAUACCUCGACAACCUGCCGUGGAUCGCCAAGUAUGCGUGGUUCGGCACGUUUCGCCCCGCGCAGGCAAACAACUGGACAGGGGUAGGCGUUGCGUUCUUUGACGACGAGGGCGGCCUGACGGAGCUGGGCUCGACGUUCCUCGGUGGUGCACAGAAGGGUUUCGCGGUCGGCGACAAGGGCAGGGCUCCGCCGACGCCGUCGCCCACGUCUUCACCGACGCCAGCCCCGACAGAUGGAGGAGGUGGCGGUGGUGGUGGUGGAGGCCAGAAUGGUGCUGGCCGCUGUUUUGUAUCUGGCGCGGCGAUGGGGGUGGGCUUCGCAGGCGUGUUUAUCAGCGUGUAUGCAUGGAUGUAAAGGGGGACACGUUUCUGACAGGCAUAGCAAGCGUUGUUGUUUGACGAUACACUUAUGGGCACAAUAAAUGAUCUACUACUCUUAUUCCGACCGGGAGGCAUCUGCGG